AUGUCACUCCCAUCCGGCUGUGGUGUGUGCGGCAAGAAAGAUGGAGUACUUCGCUGCUCUGGCUGCAGAGUGAUGAUGUACUGCGGUGUCGAACAUCAGACUGCUGACCGCCAAGAGCAUAAGUCUGCUUGCAGCGCCAUCAGAAGAUGUCGUGUUGCUAUGGAGAAGGAAGAACACGCCUUACGGGCUCAUCCAGGUGAUAUAUUCACCCACGGUGUCGGAAACUUCUGGAAGAUCCUUGAGACACGCCCUUACAUGGGAGUUCGCGCUGCCCUACCUAGGACUAUGAGCCUUGCUAGGAAUGUCGAAUCACUCCAGGCACAGCUCGGCAUCCUGAUGGAAGACUUGCGGCUCUGUCGAGGUGACAACAUGGGCUCGCGAGACGUCAUCCCUGGCCUGAUGAUUCGUCUCCAACAGGACCAGGAGUGCUACGAUUUUCUGAAGUGGUGGGCUACGACCGGCCGGGAUGACAACUACGAUUGGGGCAACAGUACUCUGCCCUACCUUGACAUCAAGAACGCCAAUCCCCUCGAGUCAGUCGAUAUGUGCUGUGAUAGGAUGAUUGAUCUAUCUCAUAUGAUCAAAGUGCUCCAAGUGCUCUUCAAAAACAUGGGAUCUCCUGAUGGAAGUACUGCCCGUAUGCUGGGACUUGGACUCAAACCUUCGACUGUCGCCAAAAACCCCAAUAUCGCUAACUGUGGCGAUGGACGGCUCGAAAUCGUGAAACUAAAGGCCCAGAUUUGCACAUUGUACGAGGCCGUCCACAAAUUGAACCCCCACUUUUGGCCCGCCCUUGUGAACCCAGGUGAGCACCUGGAGGCCAAGCCCGUGAUGUUUUCGAUUGGGAGUGUGGAACAGAUGCAGUUGACCUUGAACUUGACCUAUGAAGCAUGGCACGAGGCUCCCGGGGCCAUUGCUGUUAUUCAGAUGGCCAUCGAGGGUAACCUUUGA